AUGGCCUCUCAAGCAAGUACUGAUCAGUUUCUCUGCGAAGACUGUCAAGGUAUUCGCUUAGAUGACAGCGUUCUUGAUGGCUUUGUAGGCGUGUCAGAAGACGGCCAUCUAGUGCUUGAGUUCGAGUCGGGGAGAGAACUCAAAAGAGUCGAAGUAGCAUAUUAUGAAGAUCUACUCCCGGAUCUCCCGGGCCUUUUACAAUCCCACCAGGUUUCGCAGUGCGCAUUUUGUCGCUAUCUCCGGGAAGCAAUUAUUCGCGCCAACAUCGAAGUGGGAUCACAAGAGAUUUCAAUAAGCGUACAAUACAGGUGGUUUACAGAACGGGAUGAAGAGAAUCUGGCCUGUCUGGCUGUGACUUUGACAAGCGCCGAAGGACCUUGGGAAAAAUAUCUCUUCUUCAAGGUCGAGUCAAAUGAAGAACCUGAAGUCUGGUGCCCAGAGAAUAUUGAAUGGGUUCAAGGCCUGCUGGAGACUACGGGUCAUGUGGUCAAUUCAUCGACAGUCCCAAAAGGUCCUCCAACCCGGUUGAUUGACGUAGGAGAGACCUGGACGUGCAGUCCCCGGAUAGUACAUACCGCAGAUCUAGGAGAACAACAUGUCAGAUACUGCGCUCUCAGCUAUUGCUGGGGGAGUGCGAAAGGUGAUGAGACGCAGCUCAAGACGACAAAAGAGUCAAUAUCGGAGUUUUGCCUAGGCAUCCCAGAGUCGAGGAUGACACAGGUUAUGAAAGAUACUAUGAAAGUUUGCCGAACCCUGAACGUUCGAUAUAUGUGGAUUGAUGCCCUUUGCAUAAUCCAAGGCGACAAAGACGACUGGGAAAGGGAGAGCGCUAUGAUGAAUGAUGUGUAUAGCAACGCCUAUCUGACACUCUGCACUCUCUCAUCCAGCUCUGCCUACCAGACCUUUCUGGACCGGGGUUCCCAUAUUUUAGAGUUGAACUUUGAGUCUAAGACUGAGACAUCUAUACACGGCAAAUUUCAGCUGAGUAUGCGCGGAAAUAUCGUUGAAAAUAUGGAUAUGGACUUUUUCAUGUCUGAUCCUGCAGUGGAUCUAAGAUGCGUCUGGUACAGACGAGGUUGGACAUUCCAAGAGAACUUGUUGGCUCCCCGGAAACUGCUUUUCGGGAGGUCGAUGUUAUACUUUCAGCACGAGCUAUGCAUCUACCGGGAGGAUGGAGCAAAGAUGACCGAUUGGGCCUAUGGCUCUCUUUCAAAUCUAGUGACCAAUAACCCAGAGUCUGAUUAUCAGGAGUGGAACGAGUUGCUUCAUCAAUAUGGCAUGCGGGAGUUCACAAGCCGAGCAGAUGUUCUGCCUGCGAUAUCAGGCCUUGCGAGGGUAUUUGGCAGAGCAAGACAAGACACCUAUCUCGCCGGACUAUGGAGAAAAGAUAUUUUGAGGGGUGUGUUAUGGGAUACAUUGAGGAAGGAAAUGGAUAAAGCGGCCCUUCUACGAAAGUUGGCUUCCCCGGAGAUUUACAUUGCUCCAUCGUGGAGUAAUUUACGCAGUCAUUUGCCCACGGCACAAGGGAUAGGAGCGUGGAAUUUUCCCUAUCAAGAUACCCACGUCAUCAGCGAGGUAGCAAAUUUGAAGGUCUCGACAUGCCCCGAUGGUUUGGAUCGAUAUGGAAGGAUAAAAUCCGGAGUACUGCGGAUGUUUGCACGGCUGAAACCCGUAGUCGAGUCUAGGUUUCUCUCAUCGCCACACAAGGGUCAACUGUGGAUUACAUAUAACGAGGAAGCUUAUUGCGCGACUUGCAAUCUCGACUAUAGAGGCCAGCGUCCUGUCAUACCAGGCGACGGAACGGCCUUGCUCCUCUUGUCGAGCGCAUGCUGCGAUGAUGAACAGCCCUAUCGGUUUCUUUAUCUCAGCAAGACAGAAAUGGUCUCACAAUUAGCUAAUGCUGGUUAUGCUGACAAUUAUCAUGGCUGCCUUCGCGGUCUGGGCAAAGAACAAAGGGAGAGCAUUGGAUUGCAUGACAUCCUUGAUGAAUCCGACAGCCAUUUGACGAAGUAUCGAGGGGCCAAUCCUAUUACGUCUGUCGCAAUUCUCACGAUCAGUGCCGCGCCUGUCAUCACUGCAAGCGCUGCUGUACCCAACCAAGACGAGGGGUCAACACUCAUGCAUGGGGUCUGA